AUGGAUCCAGUGCGCUCUCCAGCUGCGAGCUUGGAAGAACUCGGCCUCCUCUUGCAGAGAGUGCUGAACACGGAUUCCUCGCCGACAGCCCCCAUUCUCACUCCAGAUGCCCUCCUGGAACUCAACAAUUCCCUCAACACGAAUCCAUUCAAUCCCGUGGACACAGGAUUGGCAGCUAGCCGGCUUGAUAGGCAGGCUACGAACCUCUGGAAUCGCUGCACCGUCAUGACGGCUUCACAUGGUAGUAAUCCAGAGAACUUGCGGAUGCUUGCAAAAGUCAGGGCUUUCGCCUUUGCCCUGUUGAACAGUUCCCAGGCACCUGAUCUUCUGGGCUUGAUUCGAGCCGUUGAACUGGGUUUCGUCGCUACACGCCUUUGCAUCGUGAACGGAGAAUCAGAGCUCGCAGUGAAUAUCAUAACAGCGGUAGGUGAUAAGCUCAAUCGUAUCCAGGACUCUCAUCCCGAGGUUGAUCCGAGCGUCAAUCGUGGUCUUUUGACUGCAUUCUACCUGCUUCAUGUCCGCCUGGCCUGGCUGCAAGGCCUCCUAGAUGCGGUCGAUAUUUUCUGGGCCAACGUGCCCGAGCCAACCACGGUGCGACAUAGACAGAUGGCCUUCGAAUCUUGUUUCAUCAUGGGUGACCAGGCACUUGCACAGCAGUAUCAUGAGCUCGCGGUGACAUGGCUUCAGAGGGCCUUGCACCACUUGCAAGAACUGGAUGUCGACCAUGGUUCGGCCUUUCCGUUUUUCAACGAGUGGGAUCUCGUUAUUCGACAUUCGCUUGUCGUGGCUUGCACGAAACUCCAAACCCCCGGGCCGGCCACCACCCGCAUGACUCAAAUGAUCAUUCUGAAAGAGCGCUACCCAGAACACCCGUCUGUCGUUCUUCUUGAGCUCUCUUCCAAAGAUGAGACUACCAGCGUCGAGGACUUACUUAAAGGUCUGCAAGGAUUCGUUGAAAAUAAUCGCCUAACGGACUUGAAUAUGCCUGUUAUCUAUCAAUUCGCCCGAGGCUUGGGCUACAGAGGUGGUUUGGAAGACGGAAUGGAAGCACUUCGAAUUUUGCUCGCGCGUCCUAUGCCAUCGCAUGAUUGGACGGAGAAAUGCUUCCUUGCUUUCGCUCUGCUGACGAGCAGACGGCCAGAUACUGGCUUGGACGGUAUGGGGGGCCUGUGGUUUCUGAUCGAUGACCUGGACAAGCGUGGAUUUUCUGAUUUUAGCACCGGAGCAGCUCAUGCCAUCGUUGCUUGCGUCUGGAAACUUAUAGGUGCUGCCAUUCAAAAACAUGAGUUCUGGGAAGCACGGGAAUGGCUUUCCAUUUGCGCAUCUCCCAAAAUCAGGCACGCCUGCUCGACGGAUUUCAUCAUCGCUAUUCAAAAGAAAUUGAUUACAUGCCACAUGCUUGACGGCAGCUUGGCAGAUGCUCGUGAGCUGUUGGCCCGUGGUCUUGUCCAAGACCAACUUGAUCUCCAGAGGAUGUACCUGGAGUUUAAACUGACUAUGAUGGAGGGGAAGAAUACCAACAAUUUCUUCGUGCUCGGUUUCUCUGAACAGCCCGAUUCACAGAAACAACUGGCUGUGUUGUCCUGUGCAAUGGAAGCCUACAGACUGCGCAAGUCAAGUGCCCUGCUCACUUGCCUGGAGCAAUUUCAGAAAUUCAUGACCCGGAAAGAAAUCUACCAUGAGGAUUUCACUGCUGCGGAGCACUACACGUUUGUAAUCACUCUUCUUCUGAAAGAGUUAUCCCACGGGUUCAGCUACCGGCUUGGUGAAUUGAUCAAGAAUGUUACCCACCUUGCUUUGAAUUAUGCCAGAGAAAACAGCGGGAUCGAAGGUGGCCCCACGACGGUCUCGAUCACUCAAGUCCAAUGGCUCUAUCGCACGACUUACGAGAUCGCCCGGAAACUCCUCAAAUCUCCUGGUCUCGAAUGGGCUACCACCAUUUUGCAAUACUCCAGAAAGUUUGCAGAUCUGUAUCGAUCCAUUGCAUAUCCUGGUAGCGAAGCCGGAGUGCCACGGCCACAUUUCUUUGCAGUCGCUUACCUUGAUCUUCUUGCUGAGGCCGCCGAGGCUCGUGGCGAGGUCGAUCCAGGUAGAAAGGGCGAUCAUACUGACAAGAACCAGAAAAUAAACUGGGAGAAGGUGCGCGUUGUUUUCAGGGAACUCAAUGAUCUAUCUGGCUGGUCCGACGGGGAGGAAGAGGCGAAGGUUGACACGGAGGCCAAAGAAGCCAGACAGCUUACCAAUGCGCGAUUCUUUGACCUGGAAGCGGCAAUGCACCUGGGGCGCUGGGAAGAUGUCGCCCAAAUAUGUGAAUCCAAUGAUACGUUUCCGAUGUCGUGGUUUUAUCCACCGCUCGUGGAUUUGACUCUCAAGCUGGACCUGCCUCCUGCUUUGGCGAUCAAAAUACUCAAGCAUGUCGUUCGCAACCGUGAGGAUUCUCUGUGCGAGGCACCAGCCACCGCUAUCGCCGAACGGGUCAAUUUCCACACGUCUCUCCCACGCUACUUGCACUGCAUCUUCAUGCUGGCAAUCUCGCCAGAUCCCGCGCCAGCUCCCGUGGCUGCUGAUGGUUUUCCAGAUGUGAAUAUGGUCGAUGCCAAGACAGCCGAGGAGGUGAUCGACCGAGUCCUCAGUAUUGUGGAACAAGGCACAGGCAUCAAUUCUGAGGAAGAAAGCCAGCUAGAUAGCGGCGAUAACCUUCGCGUGAAUGUGCCAGAUUCGGGGCUUUACCCAUUCCAGGGAAAUUACCCGACUCCGGAGCUGACCAAGAUGGCGACCCUGACGUUCAAUAGGGCGACAGACUACUACCGCGUGGUACAGGAUGAGGUCUGUAAGCGGUGGGCAAAUAAAGCCAUACGCCUUGCACAUCAAGUGCCUGGGCCGGAAGGCCAAUGGUUAGCCGGGACACUUCAGGCCAAGCUGGAUAACCUGAUGCUGCUUUGA